CCUUUACAUGCGUUUUCACUUUAGUCCGCGAGCCAGUGACUGAGCACUCGCGGAAACAUGACGCGCAAGAUCAGCAUGGAGUUGUUCACGCGGGAGAGGCAAUGUGGACACCGCGCGCCCUGGGCCACUUGGAUGUUGUCAGUGAGCAGUCGGGGCGUGGCGGCAUGUGAUCCCCCUGAGCAAGACAGCGCCCUCCAGAGGUGACAGCAGGGAGGACAGGCAGCAGGAUGCCAGUGCAGGCGGCCCAGUGGACAGAGUUCCUCUCCUGCCCCAUCUGCUACAACGAGUUCGACAGCAGCGGCCACAAGCCCAUCAGUCUGGGCUGCUCGCACACUGUGUGUAAGACCUGUCUCCACAAGCUGCACCGCAAGGCCUGUCCGUUCGACCAGACAGCCAUCAACACUGACAUCGACCUCCUGCCAGUCAACAGUGCCCUGCUACAGCUGGUGGGAGCUCAGGCUGUGGAGUCCCAGGCUGUGACUCUGAGCAGUGCUGUGGAGGUAGGGCACUAUGAGGUGUGCAGGGUGUGUGUGGAGGAGCUGGCUCUCUAUCUCAAACCCAUCAGUGGAGGAAAAGGUGUGGUGACCCUCAGUCCGAGCGUGCUCAGUCGGCCCAUACAGAGGAAGCUGGUGACACUCGUCAACUGUCAGCUGGUGGAGGAGGAGGGGCGGUUGCGGGCGGUGCGGGCGGGCAGGUCGCUAGGGGAACGUACCGUCACAGAGCUCAUCCUGCAGCACCAGAACCCACAGCAGCUCUCUGCUAACCUGUGGGCCGCCGUCAGAGCACGGGGAUGCCAGUUCCUGGGGCCUGCCACGCAGGAGGAUGCUCUGAAGCUGGUACUGUUGGCGCUAGAGGACGGCUCAGCUCUGUCCAGGAAAGUUCUUGUCCUUUUUGUGGUCCAGAAGCUGGAGGCUCGGUUCCCUCAGGCCUCCAAAACCUCCAUAGGACAUGUGGUUCAGCUACUCUACAGGGCCUCCUGCUUUAAGGUGACCAAGCGUGACGAGGACUCGUCGUUGAUGCAGCUAAAGGAGGAGUUCCGUGCGUACGAGGCGCUGCGUCGCGAGCAUGAUGCCCAGAUCGUACACAUCGCCAUGGAGGCGGGGCUCCGUAUCUCCCCUGAACAGUGGUCCUCUCUGCUCUAUGGAGACCUCAUCCACAAGUCACACAUGCAGUCUAUCAUCGACAAG